UAAGCCUUGGAGCUAAACGACUACACUCUCAGUUGCAUUAGCAAUCCAAACGACAUUUGAAUUAAAAAUCCAGAGACGUCACAUUUACACCUGAUGGAGGUGUCGUUGGAGCUUCCACUCGGCGACGCGGCGGCGACUUUCCGGCUGGAAACAGCCGUCUGCAGCCACGGCCUCUUCAUGAUGGCCCCGAACCAGUGGGACCCACUCUCCAAGACCCUCCUCCGCCCCCUUCGCCUUACCCUCCACCACCACCACUGGAACCCACAACAACAACAAGACGACUCCGUCAUGGCCCGCAUCUCUCAGCCCCACGACCGCCUUCACUGCCUCCGAGUCCUCGUCCACGCCGGAACUCGCUCGCUCACUUCCGACAACAAACAAGCCUUGCUUGCCCAGGUUUCGAGGAUGCUGAGGUUGUCGCAGACGGAAGAGAGGAUAUGCAGAGAGUUUUCCGAGGUUUAUGGAUGUGGGUCCGGUUUGGGAAGAGUGUUUAGGUCUCCGACUUUGUUUGAGGACAUGGUCAAGUGCAUUCUUCUCUGUAAUUGCCAGUGGCCGAGGACUCUGUCCAUGGCUCAAGCGCUUUGCGAUCUUCAGCGGGAGCUGCAACUACAAUCUGUACCUUCUAAGACUGUCGAUUUUGUUCCAAAAACACCUGCAGGGAAAGAACCCAAGAGAAAGGUCGAAAAAUUGAAAGCGUCUACCUGUUUGACUUCCCAGUUUGAUGCACAAAGCAACGAAGGGCUGGAAUCACAUUCCAAUGACUUGUCCAUCGACAUAUCUCAACCUACUCCAAGUGCUCAGAAUUUGAGCCCCUCGAGCUUACUUUCUGUUCCUAUGGAAAAUGUUACGUGCGAGGAAUCUUAUGGAGUUGAUUCGGCUUCUCUCUGCAAUCCUCAGAUUUUAAGGGACCGUGAAUUUGAAGGGACUGGGGAUUUUCCUACUCCAACUGAACUUGCAAAGCUUGAUGAGAAGUUCCUAGCUAAGCGCUGCAAACUUGGGUAUAGAGCCGGUAGGAUACUGAAGCUGGCUCGGGGCAUUGUAGAGGGAAGAAUUCAACUAAGAGAAUUGGAAGAAACUUGCAUGGAAAGAAGCUUAUGCAGCUACAGUAAGUUGGCUGUACAGCUGAGACAAAUUGAUGGAUUUGGUCCUUUUACGUGUGCCAAUGUACUCAUGUGCAUGGGAUUUUACCACGUUAUUCCAUCCGACUCCGAAACCAUCAGGCAUUUACAACAGGUUCAUGGUAGAAACUCUACCGUUCGAACGAUCGAGAGAGAUGUUCAACAAAUUUAUGCAAAGUAUGAGCCAUUUCAGUUCUUGGCGUAUUGGUCAGAGCUGUGGCACUUCUAUGAGAAAAAGUUCGGCAAGAUUAGUGAAAUGCCUUGUUCUGCAUAUAAACUUUUCACUGCUUCUAACAUGAAAACUAAGGCAGAACGUCCAAAUAAUAGGAAGAAGACAGCUGAUAAGCCUCCUAUCCGUUUUACUUACGCAAGGCGUGCCAAGCACGUGACCUAGAUUAUGUGUGAUCUAGUGCAGGGUCUUUUGGUGGGGCAAUUAUGGGAAUGUGUGUUGUCGUUAGGAAUUUAUUAG